AGUGGAUAUUUAAAACCUUACAUAGUAUAGUAAUCACUACUUAACAAGGUCCUUCUCAAGCAAGAAGAUGAGUGGAGCAAAGACUAAGGUGGUGUGUGUGACAGGAGCUUCUGGUUUCAUAGCAUCAUAUCUAAUCAAGCUCUUGCUACAACGUGGUUACACUGUCAAAGCCUCUGUUCGUCACCCAAAUGAUUUAAAGAAAACAGAACAUUUGUUGUUGCUUGAUGGAGCAAAGGAAAGGCUUCAGUUGUUUAAAGCUGAUUUAUUGGAAGAAGGGUCCUUUGAUUCUGUGGUUGAGGGCUGCGAAGGUGUUUUUCAUACAGCUUCACCUGCAUUUCACACAACCACUGAUCCUCAGGCUGAACUAAUUGAUCCAGCAUUGAAAGGAACACUGAAUGUUCUAAGAUCAUGUGUAAAAGUCCCUUCUCUAAAGAGAGUGGUUUUCACAUCUUCCAUGUCCGCAGUUUCGUUCAAUGGGAAACCUUUGACGCCAGAUGUGGUAAUCGACGAGACAUGGUUUUCGGAUCCUGCAUUCUGUGAGAAAUCAAAGCUUUGGUAUAUGCUUUCAAAAACCUUAGCUGAAGAAGCUGCUUGGAAAUUCGCAGAAGAAAAUGGGAUUGAUCUGGUGUCCAUCAAUCCUGGGUUUGUGAUGGGUCCCAUGUUACCACCAACCCUUAAUGUCACUAUGGAGUUUGUUCACAAUCUAUUAAAUGGUGCACAAACUUUCCCUAACGCGGUCCAUAGAUUUGUACAUCUUAAAGAUGUUGCAUUGGCACAUAUUCAAGCAUUUGAAGUUGCUAAUGCUAGUGGGAGAUAUUGUGUAGUUGGACAUGUUGUGCAUGUUUAUGAAGUUUUGAAUAUUUUGAAACAACUCUACCCAACUUUAAGCAUUCCAAAAAGGUGUGAAGAUGAUAAACCUCUAGCUCCAACCUAUCAAAUAUCAAAUGAGAAAGUGAGAAAGUUGGGUAUUGAGUUCACUUCAUUGGAAGUAAUCUUGAGGGACACCAUUGAAACCCUAAAGGAGAAAGGUUUCCUUAAUGUCUGAAGUCAAAGAAAUUGACAAACAAUCUUUGAAACCAAUUAAUUCUAGUAAAACUUUCUAAAGUCAAAUUAAUGUUGUAUUGUUAUAAAAAGUAGUGGAUUGUGUUUAUUUGUGGAUGUAAUAACAA